AUGAACGCUGCGGGAUGAGGAUGGGCGCUGGAUAGAUUAAUAACGGUGGGUCUGACUCUGGAUUGGGGAAUAGUGGGCUUUAAUGGUAAUCAGCUGGCGGGGAUUUAUAAAUUAUAGAAGAUCUGUAGGUAUACACUUUUCUAUCACCGUCUGAAGUGCCUCGAUACGCUUUCAUAAUCUACUCAUGACGAAAGCUCAUCAUCUUGAACGAUCAGCAAACUCGCUGAGGCGCCACAGACAGCGCUGCCCUUAUGUAUGCAUAUCUAUUCGUUACGGUCGUCGGAGCAACAUUUUCGGAUCGCAAGACCUUGAAGGAGGCUUUGCGCUUUACAUCACGAGUAUGUUCACCGUACAAUUUCUCAUCAUAAAUUUGUAUACACUCGUAUACUACUGUUUGAAGCACCUAGAGACUUUCACAAAUCUAUUAAAGAUGGGCCCUCAUCAUGCUGAACAAUCAGUACCCUCGCCGAGGCACCUCGGACGGCACUAUCCUCGUGUACGCAAAUCUAGCCAUUAAGGUCGUCAGAGCUCCAAUGUCGGAUUGCAAGACCUGGGAUAAGGCAUUGCACUUCGCAUCACAAGUUAGACCUACGUAAGUACCUCGACCUGCUUUCGCAAAUCUCAACAGGAUAAAAGACUACCAUUUUGGACAACCAGUAA